GGAAGGCGGGAGCCCGCGGCAGAGGCGAGGCCCGGUCACGGAGCGCUGCUUGUCGCCGCGCCUGUGCGGGGCCGCGAGGCUGCACUGGCCGGUGUUAGGACGCCGGGCGGUGGCUUCCCACCGUUCCCGGGGCUGUGACGGAGAUGCCCACAUAGAAGAGUGACAGCAGCUGGACUAAAUGUUUCACUGCUGAACUGAUUCCUCAGGUCUUCUGGCUCUGGCAAUUGCUAUGGGAGAGUGGAUGACUGUUACAGAUCCAGGUCUGUCUUCAGAAAGCAAAAAUCUUUCUCAAUAUACCUCAGAAACAAAGAUGUCUCCAUCAAGUUUAUACUCACAGCAAGUGCUGUGUUCUUCAAUACCUUUAUCAAAAAAUGUGCACAGCUUUUUCAGUGCCUUCUGCACAGAAGAGAAUAUUGAGCAAAGUAUUUCGUAUCUUGAUCAGGAAUUGACUACUUUUGGCUUUCCUUCAUUAUAUGAAGAAUCCAAAGGUAAAGAGACAAAGAGAGAACUAAAUAUAGUCACUGUUUUGAAUUGUAUGAAUGAGCUACUUGUACUUCAGCGGAAGAAUCUUCUAGCUCAGGAAAAUGUGGAAACACAGAAUCUGAAACUGGGAAGUGAUAUGGACCAUCUACAGAACUGCUAUGCAAAACUUAAGGAACAACUAGAAACCUCCAGGAGAGAGAUGAUUGGGCUUCAAGAAAGAGACAGACAGUUACAAUGCAAGAACCGGAAUUUACAUCAGCUAUUAAAAAACGAAAAAGAUGAAGUACAGAAAUUACAAAAUAUCAUUGCAAGUCGAGCUACUCAGUAUAAUCAUGAUAUGAAGAGAAAAGAACGUGAAUAUAAUAAAUUAAAGGAACGUCUACAUCAACUUGUUAUGAACAAGAAGGAUAAAAGAAUAGCUAUGGAAAUUCUAAAUUAUGUUGGGAGAGCUGAUGGAAAAAGAGGUUCCUGGAGGACUGGUAAAACUGAAGCCAGGAAUGAAGAUGAAAUGUAUAAAUACCUCUUGAAUGAUUACGAAUAUCGUCAGAAACAAAUCCUAAUGGAAAAUGCUGAACUUAAGAAGGUUCUUCAGCAAAUGAAAAAGGAAAUGAUUUCUCUUCUUUCUCCCCAAAAGCAGAAACCUAGAGAAAGAGCAGAUGAUAAUACAGGAACUGUUAUCUCUGAUGUUGAGGAAGAUGCUGGGGAACUAAGUAGAGAGAGUAUGUGGGACCUUUCCUGUGAAACUGUGAGAGAACAGCUUACAAACAGCAUCAGAAAACAGUGGAGAAUUUUGAAAAGUCAUGUAGAAAAACUUGAUAACCAAGUUUCAAAGGUACACCUAGAAGGUUUUAAUGACGAAGAUGUAAUCUCACGACAAGACCAUGAGCAAGAAACUGAAAAACUCGAGUUAGAAAUUCAACAGUGUAAAGAAAUGAUUAAAACUCAGCAGCAACUUUUACAGCAGCAGCUUGCUACUGCGUGUGAUGAUGACACCACUUCACUGCUACGAGACUGUUACUUGUUGGAAGAAAAGGAACGCCUCAAAGAAGAAUGGUCUCUAUUUAAAGAGCAAAAAAAGAAUUUUGAGAAGGAAAGACGAAGCUUUACGGAUGCAGCUAUUCGCCUAGGGUUGGAGAGAAAGGCAUUUGAAGAAGAAAGAGCCAAUUGGUUAAAGCAGCAGUUUUUAAAUAUGACUACCUUUGACCACCAGAACUCAGAAAAUGUGAAAAUUUUCAGUGCCUUCUCAGGAAGUUCUGAUCAGGACAAUGUCACAGCGCCCUCAAAGCCACGGCAGAAAAAGCUUUACAGAGUGUCUAACAGGUCUCCAGUCUGCACGUCUAAACUGACCAAAUCUCUUCCUGCUUCUCCUUCGACUUCAGACUUUUUCCAGAUGUGCUCCUGUGCAUCUGAGCAUAGUUCAAUCAAUGUACUGAAUAUAACUCCUGAAGAAACUAAACCAAGUCAGGUUGAAAGAGAAUGUACAAAUCAGAAAUGGAGCGUGGCAUCAAGACCUGGCUCACAGGAAGGUUGCUGUAGUGGGUGCUCCUUGACCUCCACAAAUGCUCAUGUAGAAAAAGAUGAUUUACCUUAGAUACUUGGACUGGAACGUUUUUCACGAACAUGUUCACCGCAUUUCACAUCUAAGUUGAAACAGGGUGUGUCAUAAAAUCAGUCAUCUCUAAUAAUGUAAGAUGGUCUGACUUGUUUGUUUAGAUUUCCCAGUUCCUCCCCAAAGAGCUAAAUAUUAAAUCUAUUUAAAAGGAUGUAAAAGCUUUGGAUAUCUAUUUUUAGUAACAGAAGCAUCUGAUUCUGUGAAUAAAGGAAUGUAUAGGUGUUUGGAUGGACGCAAAAGCACUAGAAAGAGUUUCCUCUUAUAGGUAUUAAAAAUAGCACUUUUAGGAAACUGAUUAUUAUAAAUGUUUAAUUUUGUCUCAUAUAGUUGGCAUUGGAAAUUUAGCCUUUACUUGAAUGUAUACUGUAGAUUUUUAACAAAGCAAGUUCUAUAUUUAUUAUGUUUAGUGUGAUUUGAAAUUUCCUCUUUCAUAUGUUUUAAAUAAAGUAAAAUUUAUGUAUGUUUUGUACAUAGAUAUACAUGAUUAUGUUAAGAGGCUUUAAGAUUUAAAGUUUUACACAUCCAUAAUUACAGUAUUUCAUGCCAGAUUUUUUUUUUAGUGGUAUUCUGUUUACAGAUGUGUUAGAGCCAUUGCCACAUCUAAGAAUUUUUUGAACCCAUCUGAGCAAUAAAUACUCAAAAGCUAUUCCUGAGGCUGAGUUCUUUAGAUAAUUGACAUUACUAACAUUACAUUUUUGAGAUUUCUACAGCAAGAGUUUUAUAUAUGUAGGAUAUUAUAAUUUUUCAAAGGACUUUUGUUUGGAGGGUAAUAAAGGCAAGACAGCAAAAGUACCUUUGAUUAGAACAAUAUAAGAAUACUGGUUUAAGAUAUUUGGAUGAUAGAAGAUAUUAAGAUAUUUGGAUGGUGAUAUUUUCUUUACCAAAUGGGUACCAGUACUGUGACAUCUGUACUGGCUAGGGCUUUGUAUAGUUGCCAAUAAUUUUUUAAUAUUUCACUGAGGUAUUUGCCACUAAUGUUAAGGAAAUCUGACAAUGUAAAAACAUCAGAUUUUGUAAUCUUGAUAUUAUGGUACUCUGGACAAACUUGUAUCAUUUCAUUUUCAGAACUUAUGACAUUUCUUCAUGCAAGUUACUAUUAUUAAUAAUUUAUAUAAUAUAUAUUAAUAUAUAAAAUUAUAUAAACAUACACAUUUUUAUAUAAAAUGUAUGUUAGUAUAGGCCCAUGCUCCUUCCCAGGGUUUUCAUCAACCUCAUUCAAGUGCCUAACCCUAUUUGUCUCUGUACAUAGAAGCCUACACAGAUCAGUCCUUGCUAGGUAUUAUAGUUGAAGCCCAUCUGCCUUCCCGUUUUCUAGCAGUUCAACCACUUAAACACCCUGUUGUAACUGUUCCAUUUAAAUUCAUCAUUUUGAAGUAUUUUUGUUAUCCAUUCACCAUAUAACUCUUUGGAGUUAUGGAGCAGCAACCAUUUUUCCGGGGCUGAUAAGACAUCAUUGAGUAUCUUAUAAGACAUUAAUGAGACUAAUAACAAAGGAACCAUGUUUAUAGUCUCACAAAGCUGGGUCUUGAAAAAAAAGCAAGUUAGUCACUUGGCCUUCAGCUUGUUACAUGGUCACCUCUUCACCAUUUACAAUAUUAGAAAUGAUACAAAGUUUCAGAGAUAGUUCUAUAUACCAAAGGAGGGAACAGUUGGAAUACACAAUUCUUUGGCUUUUGAGCAAUGAUGUGAUCAAAGAAAAUCAGAAAUGUUGAAAAUGAAAUCAGUGUUUGUUGAGAAUUUCUCCCCCAAGGGGUUCCCAUAAUAUCCUUUACCAGAAACAAGCGUUCUAGUUCUUAAGGUAAAACUCCCACUUUAGGGAAUAUUUUAUUCCAUGACAUUGAUUUCUACAAGGCACCAUCUCUGUUUUUUGUUGUUUUUCCAUUUUAAAGUUGACUGAAUUAUCAUAUUGGAAAGAAAAAUUCCUUGAGACUUACUUUGAAAUCUUAAGUUGAAAGAAACAGUCAAAUGAAAGCCAGAUUCACUGUACUUUGAAUAAAAGUCUUCAUAGAUCUGCUAGAAAUUGAUGUUACAUAACAGCAUCAAUUUUGCUUUACAUUUCAGUCCAAAAUGAUUCCCAGUUAUGCUAAAUUUACCAGAAUGUUGGAAUGGUUUCCAUGUUGGAAAACUGACUCCACGGCAUAAAACUCCUAGGAUUUUGUCUCCCUCACCUUCCUGGAUAUUUGCAGUGUACUGAUCCAGCUGUGCCGUAUAUGUAGUCUUAUAUUUAGCCAUGAUUGGAUAAUGGUAACACGUUGUACUUUAGCUUGAGAGUCUUGAUACUCUUAAACAGUUUUCUUGUUUACCAGUAUGUAAAUGUGAAAUAUUUUGUACCUCACAUUUUCUUUUACAUGACAUAUCCAUUUUGAAUUUUGAAAGCAUAAAAGUGGAAAAGAAAAUGAGUAAAACUUUGUUUCCUAGCCUCAAUUUUUUUAUCUUCAAUUUAUGUUGAUGAGAAACUUAAUAAUCAGAAAAUUUAAAUAGGUAUUUUCUUGUAGAAGCAAUAUAUUAAAUACUUAGACUCACAGAGCAGUCCACAGCAAAUUGUUACCUCCUGGUGCAAGUAAACACUUGUUACUUAGGAGUUGUGUAUUUCCUUCCUUAACUUACCAGACAUGUUCACAGGUUUAUGGUAACAUGGUUUUUGUGGAAAAACAUUCUAUGGUGCAUGAUGGGAAGGAGAGCACCCUGGAAGCCAGUCUUGCCUCCCCUGGUGCAGUGUUUGAAAGCAUCUCAGGAUGCCAGGAGAGGUUUUGCAGUGUGUAUACCCACAUGUGAUUGCCUGUUAGAAAAAUCUUUAAAAUAUGUUGCCUAAUGUAAACCAUGCUUUUAUUUCUAGAUUGGAUUUAAAGUAAGUAUGGGUCAUGGAAAUCUAGUAAAUAUACUUCUGCUUA